GAGUGGCGCGUGCUCCAGGGCACCCACAACGCUCUCUGCAGCCGCGCCUCCUCUCCCCGGGGCCUCCUCCUCCUCCACAAGCGGGUGAGGACACGUCAGGGGACAUAAAUAAAUAAAUAACUCCAUUCACCACCCAGUGACAGCGAGGCGAAUCGGCUGCAGCUAGGGGUGAACGCAGAGCUGCAGCGCCCACCCUGUGCCGGAGACCAGAUAAUCGAGAGUUUGUUACACCUCUCUUCCAUUGUAUUGCCUUCAAAUAUCACACUUCAAGGACUAGUGACUGGACUUAAUAAUUUCACAUAUAAUCCAAAGAAGUCUGUUCCAGUGAGCAUCUGUCAACAGGUUACUUGAAUUUCAAAUAGAAGAGCAGAAAUGCCACCACCAGCAAGUGCCCCACUAUAUCCACCUCCUGAUGGAGGAUGGGGCUGGGUAGUGGUUGGAGCAUCUUUUAUCUCAAUUGGAUUUUCAUAUGCAUUCCCCAAAGCUGUCACAGUAUUCUUCAAAGAAAUUCAGCAAAUAUUCAAUGCUACCUACAGUGAAAUAGCAUGGAUAUCAUCCAUUAUGCUGGCUGUGAUGUACGCAGGAGGUCCCAUAAGUAGUGUUUUGGUGAAUAAAUAUGGUAGCCGGCCAGUGGUACUAGUAGGAGGCUUGUUAUGCUGUCUGGGAAUGGUCACAGCGUCUUUUAGUACCAGCGUAAUAGAGCUUUACCUCACUGUCGGAUUCGUUGGAGGUUUAGGUCUAGCCUUCAACCUGCAACCUGCCUUGACAAUCCUUGGCAAAUACUUCUAUAAGAAACGACCCGUGGCGAAUGGACUCGCCAUGGCAGGAAGUCCUGUUUUCUUAAGUACCUUAGCUCCUUUCAAUCAGUUCCUUCUUAAUACUUACGGCUGGAAAGGAAGCUUCUUGAUUUUGGGAGGUAUAUUUUUGAACGCCUGUGUGGCUGGGUCCCUCAUGAGACCCGUUGAACCCAAACAAACUAGUAAGUCUAAAACUAAGGUUUGCGUAAGAGCAGAUGAUUCAAGUGUGAAGAAGAGCCACAUGAAGAAAUCAACAUGGGAAAGAAUUAAUGAGUAUUUAGAUUUUUCCCUCUUCACGCAUAGAGGAUUUUUGAUAUACUUAUCUGGAAAUGUCAUUAUGUUUCUAGGAUUUUUUGCUCCCGUUAUAUUCUUGGCUCCAUAUGCUAAAGACAGAGGAAUUGAUGAGUAUUCUGCAGCCUUCUUGCUGUCUGUGAUGGCUUUCGUUGAUAUGUUUGCUAGGCCUUCCGUAGGGUUAAUUGCAAACUCCAAACUUGUUCGACCCCGAAUCCAGUACUUCUUCAGUUUUGCAAUUAUGUUCAAUGGACUGUGUCAUCUUCUAUGCCCACUGGCAGAGGACUACACAAGCCUGGUGCUUUAUGCUGUAUUUUUUGGCCUUGGAUUUGGGAGUGUUAGCAGUAUCCUCUUUGAAACUCUCAUGGACCUUGUUGGUCCUCAAAGGUUUUCCAGUGCUGUGGGACUCACCACAGUCGUGGAGUGUUGCCCAGUUCUUCUUGGCCCUCCUCUUGCUGGUAAAUUGGUGGAUGAAACUGGAGAAUAUAAAUACAUGUAUAUAGCCUGUGGAGCUAUUGUGGUCCUAGCAAGUGUGUGGCUGCUCAUUGGCAAUACUAUAAACUACAGAUUGCUUGCAAAGGAAAAGAAGUUGGAAGAAGAAAAGAAGAAAACGCAUAAACUUGAAUCUGGAGAAUCUGAACCCUUGAGCAAGUCUAACCAAUAUGAUGCUAAAGUCCAAAGCAUGAGAACAGGGAGUAAUCCCUCAGAAAGAGAAACUAAUAUAUAACAAGAAUCACACCUCUGAUUUCAGUGUUUAUGAUUUUCUUAGGAGUAUUUUUUCCCCCAAAAUAUCUGAAAGGUUCUUAGUUGAAAUAAGGCAUCAUAAUUAAGGAUGGAGAUGAGAUUUUCCUCAAUGGAUAAUUUUAAAUGUUUCAUUUUUAAAAUUAAUUUGGGCAGUAAAAUUUUGAGAUUAUGUACAUAUAAAAAUCAAUGUAACCGAUUUGUUUCCAUACAUAACUCUGGUUGUGGUCGUUAAAAUAAUUUUAAAGUCUAUGGUUUAAAGUCUUGGUUAUAGAGAUCUGAAUUCCAAAAUCCUGGUUUAAGUAGUUAGAAGGACUAUGUUUAAUCCUAUAAGAAUGCCCUCUCCACAUUUCAUUUUUUAUUUGAUAUUAAAGUGUGAGAUGGAAUUAAGGGAAAAUGAAUUUUACACACACCCAUGUGCGCAUAGACUAUCUGGAGAACAACAGACAUAUAAGUUAAAAAAAAGUAUUGUCACCGUACUACUUUUAUUUUUUAAC